GCCUCCCCUCAAGCAUCAGUCCAUCCAGUACAGAGUGAAGCAUCGGCACAUUUUGCAUCAGCACCUUCAGGAAAAAGAAAAAAAAUGGACCACCGAGCUAUGCUUCUGCUCUUACUGCUUUCAGCUCUCUGUAAUGCCUGCACUGCAGAAGAUCUUAUUACUGAUGAAGAACAUGUAAACUCUGAGAAGGAGGACAUCUCGACAACUAUCCUCAGAAUGAACAACGGAUCUAACGACAUGCUGCUGGAAGGAGACAUAUUUGUUCCAAAAACCAGGAAUGCCAUGAAGUGCCUUAACCAACAGUAUAGCUGUCGCUGGGAUAAGGCUUCAAAUGGGAAUGUGGAAAUUCCUUAUGUUAUAAGCAAUGACUAUGAUCACACUGAGAGGAAUGAGAUUCUCCGUGCUAUGAAAGGCUUUCAGGAUAAAACUUGCAUCCGAUUCGUUCCUCGUAGACAAGAGAGGGCAUACCUGAGCCUUGAGCCAAACUUUGGCUGUUUCUCCGUGGUUGGCCGUUCUGGAGACCGGCAGGUGGUAUCUUUGCAGAAGUUUGGUUGUGUACAUUAUGGCAUCAUCCAGCAUGAGCUGCUCCAUGCUCUGGGUUUCCUUCACGAACACACUCGCAGCGACCGUGACCAAUAUGUCAGGAUAAACUGGGACAACAUCCAAACACAUUAUGUAAACAACUUUGUUAAGAAGGAUACAGAAAAUCUCACCCCAUAUGACUAUUCAUCUGUGAUGCAUUAUGGAAAAACUGCCUUUGGAAAAAUGGGGGCAGAAACCAUCACUCCUAUCCCUAACCCCAACAUUCCCCUCGGCCAACGCGAAGGUAUGAAUGACUCAGACAUUCUCCGGGUCAACAAGCUCUACAAGUGCUGGAGCUACAUUGGAUGAGAGAUAUUUUUAAAAUCAAUAAAGUCUUCAAAUGUCUGCAACA